UCCUCACUUCCCUUGGGUGGGUUUGGCAGGGUUGAAAAGUGGGCAGACAGCUCUCCAGGGUUUUGGCACUCACUGCUGGCUUUGCUUUGCUGCUGCUGGGGGGAGAGGGGUGUUGCAGGGACCCUCUGGAGUAAAACCAUCUGCAGUAGUGCUGGAAAGGUGGGGUGGCUUGAGCACCCUGCCCUUUCCUGAAGCCAAAGACGGCUCCAAAAACCAGGCAGGCAGGCAGCUGUGGGCAUGUCCUGCCCUGCUCCUGCAGAUCCAGGAGUGGCUCAGGCCAGGCUUCUGGCUGCCAAAGGGGUUGUUUAGCUCCUCCCUCAUUUUUUUCCCUGGUUUUCUUCAGCUUCCUCCAGUUUCUAUUUAUGGUCUCAGGAUGAUCAGGCAGAAGGAGAUAGCUGCAACUUCUUUGCAUGCCCUGAUUUGGGCUGGAAAAGAGAAUAAAUUGAAGCAGCAGAACAGCAAGGAUUAAAAGUGCCUCCUUUUUCACUCCACGGAGGAGGGAGAUUCCUGGACCCCCAGAGUGGAUUUGGGAGGGCAAUGAGCAUCAUCCCUGCCCUGCACUUGAACCAGCAGCUGGCUGUGGCUUUCUCCCAGGACAGAUUUCCUUCAUGGACACCUGCAGCCAGAGAGGAGCGAGGAGUUUUGCUGUGGGGAUGGGAAGGAGGAGGUGACAUUUCUGCUGACCCCUGGGCUGUUGUGUUUGCAGCUGCUCUGCCACCAGCCCGUCACCUGCUGCAGGGCCACCAUGGUCCGGCGUGUGGCCGUGGUGGGGGCCGGGGCUGGGGGCUUGGCCUCUGUCAAGUGCUGCCUGGACGAGGGGCUGGAGCCCACCUGCUUCGAGAGCAGCGAGGACAUCGGCGGCGUCUGGCGCUACACGGACUCCACAGACACCAGGAGGAUCACUGUGUACCGCUCAGUCAUCUCUAACACCUCCAAGGAGAUGUCCUGCUUCAGCGACUUCCCCUUCCCCGAGGAUUUUCCCAACUACCUGUCCCACAGCCUGGUCCUGGAAUACCUCAGGAUGUACGCCCGGCACUUCGACCUCCUGCGGCACAUUCACUUCCAGACAACAGUUCUCAGCGUGAGGAAGCGCCCGGAUUUCAGCGCCUCGGGCCAGUGGGAGGUGGUCACCGAGACCCACGGUGUCCGUGAGUCCCACGUCUUCGACGCUGUCAUGAUUUGCACUGGCCAUUACCAGGAGCCCUACUUGCCUUUGGCUUCUUUCCCAGGCAUUGAAAGCUUCAAAGGUCAGUACCUGCACAGCUGGGAGUACAGAGACGUGCAGGCUUUCCGAGGGAAGCGCGUCCUGGUGCUCGGCAUUGGCAACACUGGCGGGGACCUCUCCGUGGAGCUGAGCAGGGUGGCUGCCAAGGUGUUCCUCAGCACCAGGAGCCACACCUGGGUCGUCAGCCGGGUCUCAGACCACGGCUUCCCCUUGGACAUGGUCGGCACCACCCGCUUCAACUCCCUCCUGGACUGGCUUCUCCCUUCAGCCCUCACAAGGAGGAUCAAGUUUCGGAAGUUCAAUUCAUGGUUCAACCACACAAUCUAUGGCUUGGCCUCCAGCAAAAGCUCCAAAUUUAAGUUGAUUAUCAACGAAGAGCUGCCCUUCUGCCUCCUCUCUGGGACCGUGGUGUUGAAGCCAAAUGUGAAGGAAUUCACUGAAAGCUCUGCUGUUUUCGAAGACGGCACAACCGAGGGAAACAUUGACGUGGUGCUCUUUGCCACGGGCUACAAGUUCUCCUUCCCCUUCCUGGAGGAGUCAGUUCGGGGCACCAUCCACGACAACCGUUCCCUCUACAAGUGCAUCUUCCCUCCCCAGCUGGAGCAGCCCACGCUGGCCAUCAUUGGCCUGAUCCAGCUGACAGGCUCCAUCAUGGUGGGCUCAGAGAUGCAGGCUCGCUGGGUCACGGGGGUCUUUGCAGGCUGGAACAAGCUGCCUCCCCCCAGCAGGAUGAUGGCUGAGGUUUUGAAGAGGAAGCCAGCAGUCAAAAGGAACCCAUCCGAGAGGGAGAACCUGAAGAUGAGUUUCGUCAGCUACGUGGAUGAAAUCGCGGCGUGCGCCGGCGUCAAGCCCGGUGUGCUGAGGCUGCUGCUGACAGACCCCCAGCUGGGCCUGGCCAUCUUUUUUGGGCCCUGCUCGCCCUACCAGUACCGGCUGGAGGGCAGGGGCAGCUGGAGAGGGGCCAGGGCUGCCAUCCUGACCCAGUGGCAGCGCGCCCUGCGGCCCCUGAGGACACGGCGGCUGCCGGACAGCUCCAGCAGCUCCCGGGGCUGGGGCUGGGUGCUCCUCCUGGCUCUGCCAGCAGCUCUCACUGCAGCUUGGCUCUGCAAACACCCCCAGCCAGGCUGGAGGCUCUGGGUGUAGAAGGAAGGUGGGGAAGAAGCGGUGCCAGGUGGCGUGGGCACGGGGCAGAGCUGUGCCAGGUGCUGCCGGAGGGCUGGAGCUGGCACCAGCAGCAGCCUGGGGCUGUCUGUGUCUGUCACUGCAGGGCACGAAACAACACGAGCACACACACUGCUGCUCUCAAGGUGAACAAAAGGGCAGUUCAUUUUCUGACUCCAACAUUUAUAGACUUUUAAAAGUGACAGUGGGUUGGAGGGUGACAGUGCCACCUCUCCAGUGACGCUGGAGAAACCAACAGCCCAUCAAAUUUCUCUUCCUCUGUGAAAGAAUGCAAAACAACGAGUUACUUACAGAAGUACAAGAAUGUAAACAUCAGAAGGCUUAGAGAAUCUUUAAAAAUCAGGGCGACACGUGUCCAGCCACCUCCUGCUGAUGUUCUGUAGGAAAGGCAUUUUGUGCUGCUCUUGUGAGCCAGGGAAGGCUUCCUGAAGAAAAGGAAAGCCCCGUAUCUCUCCUGAGGAAGGCACCAAGGCUAUCCCCAUGACAACGUGAUGGAAGAGAGAAAGUUAAAAGAUACAGACUCCGGCUGGCUCACAGAAUGAGGUGGCUCCUUGCUCACCUACAGAGAACUUUGUUUCUCUCUUAUGACCAAUGGGCAGUGAAUGUGUCUGUUAAGUAAAUGUAAAUAUCUUGAAAAACUAUAAAGGCAGCUGUCACUAAUAAAUCUCUCUUCUGCACCCUUC